AUGAAUGUUGAAAAGUUGGAGGACAUGGGCAUGCAGCCUCCUUUAAUCAUCAGGGAUGAAAAUGGCAAUAAAUGUAUGUGUAAUAAUGCUGCAUUAUCCUCACUGAACGGAAGCACUGUGAGCCAGUACCAAGAAGCAGAACAUGAAGAUUACAUAGAACUUAAGGAUACAAAUGAUCUGAUAAAUAGAUCAGGCCACCCGUGCACUGAAGCAGAAGACCUGCAGAAGGGUGCCAAUGACUACAUUUGCAUGGGGACCAUGGAUUUAGAGGCUGUCCAUAUCCCUGCUUCAAAGGAGCAAUAUUACAUGCAUGCCUUGAAACAAACAUUCACAGAACCAACCAACCCCCUUAAAGACAAUCUUUCAAUAGAGAGUAUUCAGAAUCUCGGUACUGAGGAAUCUGUGCCUUAUUGCCCGGCAGAUCUAACGCACUUCGCUACUGUUGAGUUAAGUAAAAAUGCUGCAAUCCAAGACAAGUUAGAUUGUUCCCAGAUAGGACAGGAAGGAGCUAGUUCAAGUGAAUCUUUCAUUACAGUUAUAAACCUGGGGGAUAAGUGUAACGAAGAGGGAUUUGGCCAUCAGGUAUUUGUAUGUUCUGGGGAAAUGAAUCCAAGGGACAGUUUGACAAAGGUUAAAUUAGAUGUCCCUGGCAACCCCAGUAUGACGAACAUGAACCUAGAUAGGGGAAUGCCACUCACUAAUGCUCUUUCAAUAAUUGGAGGUGAUGUCACCAAUUAUAUUGAUUUGGUAUCACAGAAUAGGGAAUGGCAUGAAAACCAAGGGAAGCAGGAUGCCGGAUGGGUGAAUCCUUGCUAUAGGGGCACACCAGAAUUGGAACCUUUUAAGUUGUACAAAAGUGAGCCUAAGAAGUAUAUGCACAGCACGCCUGAGCAUGAUGAAGAUAAUAAAUGGGCAGCCAAACGUGGAAAGGAUGGUUCCAUCAAUGCCUUAUGCCCUCUAGCAAUACAGAAUUUUGACGAACGUUUGGAGAAAGAGUUUUGUGAAGAUGGGGAGACUCUGACCAAAGGACCAAACUUCUCAGAAAACGAUCAGGCUUUUCCUGAGGGAUGUACUCAAGAUUCUGCGACAAUACAAAAUGGUAUACCAAAGCUAGAAAGAGCUGCUCUGUCCGAGCCCAAUUCCGAGGCAACAUUUGUGGUUUUCAGUCCCAUAGCUUGCGAAAAUGGCUCUAUUACUCCUUUUACAGACUCAUCAAAAAAUACAACCUGUGCUGUUUUUGCCAUGCCGGGUGAAGCUGGUGGUAGUACUUCUAAAGCUGGGAAGAAUAACCACAUGGUGAAAGAGUGUACCAGGAGGACUUCAUUCAGAAGUAAUUCUGAACGAGUCACGGUUAAAGCCGUCAUCAGAACGCCACUUGCCCCUACCAUAACCAAAGCGAGAAAAGCAGAGAUAGUGAGCUUUCCAAAGCCGAACUUUAAAAAUGUUAAGCCAAAAGUUGUGUCCAGGCCCAUACCGCAGUCGAAAGAGAGUGCUGCGUUAAAAGCAGCUCAAAGAUCUCCUCAGCUAUCUACCGCUCCGUCAUCCUCCCCAUCUCCUUCCCCGAGGCAAACAUUCUAUUCAAUUUCAGCGCUAAGGAAAAAAAUGGACUUGGAUAGAGGUACAAAAGCAGAAACACCAAUGAAUAAGACCUACAAGCAACAUUUUAAUAAACACCUUCCUAGCCAAGCUGUACAUGCUGCAACUCAUUCUGAAAACACUUCCCACAAGGUUACAAAAACAACUGUGUUAAAGCAGAAUGUGGAACCGGUCGACAAAGAAAGGUGUCCCAAUUCGACAUUCCUGUAUGUUUCCGGGGCUGUUGCUGCAUGUACUCUCAGCACAGGUGGGACGCUGGAUGACAAAAUGGAAAUUGUAGAGUCCUGUGUACAGCCUCGUGCUUCAAACGUCUGUCCGAUACCUCAAGAGGAGCAGCAGAAUAACUGCCUGGGGGUCCCAGCAGAAAAGUCUGCUCAAGAUGCAGUGAAUGAAGGAGUUGAGCUUGCCCGUCUUCCUUCGGGUUCCUCACCUAAAGCAGAGCCAACACAACUGCAAAGUUUACUCAAGGACACCCCAGUCACACUCAGAAGUGCACCUGAUUCCAGGAGGACAUACUGCUCUAAGAGAGGAAGUGAAAGUAAAAAUGUUCUUGCAACCAAAGUAUCUUCUCCUCAAAGAGCCGCUCUACCUUUGAAUUCAGAAGCAGAAGUUUCUUCUCCUAAAGGGAGGCUUACGUCUGUGAGAGCAUUGCCUGGACCUUCGACCAGUUCUGGAAAGUUAAUUCCCAAGUCAAAAGUGCCCAUCAAAGGACCAGGAUUUCGGAGAACCUCUAGCAUCUCUUCUAUCAGCAGCACUCAGAGUGACCAAAGUACUUGCAGCAAUAACUCUACAAGUGCCACAAUUAUCAUCAAGAAUGGAGAGUGGCCUGCCAAGUCUGCUUGUCAAAAUGGUGCAGCUAUAAAGCCGGUGCCCAGGCCAAGAGUGUAUUCUCUGAAAAACACCCCAAAAGGAACAAAAAGAAAGUUUGGUGUGGUGAGCCCUUGUGCGCCCAAAUCGGCUGGAGCACUUCUUCCAGGAAGGAAAACCAAUGAUUCAAAAGGGAGUCAGCAAUCAGGGCCUUCAGGACAAAAUGGUCCUCGAAAUUUAUUCUCGGCAUUCACUUCCGUUGACAAGGGAAAGCAGAGGACUCCUAAGAACUCAUGCAUACAAACCCGCAGUUCUAAUGAAGUGCAGUCUACAGAAACAAAAACACAAGAGUUGACACAAUACAAAAGAAAAUGUGAACACCAAAGUGGAAUUAUCCAACAACUGAAGAAAUGUUUGGCAAGCAGCAACAGGAAAUUUGAAGCAUUAACUCUUGUGAUCCAACACUUACAGUCUGAGAGAGAGGAGACACUACAGCAACGUAAAGAGCUGUCCCUUGAACUUAUCCACCUUCGUGGAGAGUUGGGAACCGCGACAUCAGCAUGUGAGAAAUUGGAGAAAGACCGAAAUGAACUGCAAGCAGCUUACGAAGGAUUUGUGCAGAAGCUGAACCAGCAGCACCAAAGUGAUCUAGCUGAGCUGGAGGAGAGGCUAAAACAGUUCUACACCGUAGAGUGUGAAAAACUCCAGAGUAUCUGCAUUGAAGAAGCUGAAAAAUAUAAAGCCCAGCUCCAGGAGCAGGUUGAUGACUUGACCGUUACACAUGAAAACUUUAAACUAGAACUUGAAGCCAGUCAUACAGAAAAGAUCGAAGAACUGAAGAAGGAAUAUGAAUCAUCCUUUUCAGAGCUCAAGAAUGCCCAUGAAUCAGAAAGAAAGACAUUUGAAGACUCGUUCCAAGAGAAACAAGAAGAACUAGAGAAAAAAAUUGCUGCAUUACAGAGUGAAAACGAUUCCUUGAAUGAAAAGCUGAAGUUGGAAGAGCAAAAACGAAUAGCCAAAGAAAAAGCAAAUCUUAAAAACCCUCAGAUCAUGUAUUUGGAACAAGAGCUGGAAAGUUUAAAAGCAGUGCUGGAGAUUAAGAAUGAGAAACUGCAUCAACAAGAUGUCAAGUUGUUGAAGAUGGAAAAAAUGGUGGAAAACAACACUGCCUUAGUGGAGAAAUGGAGGAGACUUCAGCAGGAGAAUGAAGACUUAAAAGCUCGAAUGGACAAACACAUGGAGCUUUCCAGACAACUUUCCACUGAGCAGGCAGUUUUACAAGAGUCCCUGGAGAAAGAAUCCAAAGUAAACAAACGCCUGUCGAUGGAAAAUGAAGAACUUCUGUGGAAGUUACACAAUGGCGAUCUGUGCAGCCGGAGAUCGCUGUCCCCUUCUACCCCACCGAUGCCUUUUCAGUCUCCGAGGAAUUCUGGCUCCUUCUCCAGCCCACCCGUGUCACCUAGAUGACACCCCUGCGUGCGGAGCAACUCCUU